AUGCGCAACAUUCUAGGCAGCAUCAAACGCAAGGUCUCGACCAGCAGUGGAGGAGGCACCCAACACAACUCACGCCCUUAUCCCACAAUCCAAGAUCCUUACGGCACACCCUCAAGAACAGGAACCAUGAAAAGCCAAUACUCAGCACCAGCUCCUGCCCCACUGGAUCAAGGCACCGCACCACCAGCCUACUCACCGGUCUCCAACGCGGCCCCCGUCGUCCCCUCAAUCGCGAUAUCAUCACCACAAGGCCAAACAGCAGACGACCCCUACGCCUUCCNNCUCAGCACCUUCGACACAAUCUUUUUAAUCGACGAUUCAGGCUCCAUGGCAGGAAGCCGCUGGCGCGAAACCCAAGAAGCGCUGGAAUCCAUCACGCCCAUCUGUGUCGAGCACGACGCAGACGGAAUCGACAUUCUCUUCCUCAACAACCCUGAAAACCAAUAUCACAGAAACGUCACUUCGCCAGCUACCGUCCGUGAAAUCUUUUCUAGUGUGAGGCCGAGGGGUGGUACACCUACUGGCCAGCGGUUGGAUUCAAUACUUAGACCUUAUGUUCGUCAGUGCGAGCAANGAGGUCCUGAAGCGGUGAAACCACUCAAUCUGAUUGUUAUCACCGAUGGCGAACCCAGUGAUGAUGUGGAAGCCCCGCUCAUCAGCUGUGCAAAGAAACUCGAUAAACUCGAUGCUCCUGCCUGGCAAAUCGGUAUCCAGUUCUUCCAGGUUGGCAGAGACGAGGGCGCGCGUGCACAUCUGCGUGCUCUGGAUGACGAGUUGGCAGAGAUUGCGGGUGUAGAGUUGAGGGAUAUGGUUGAUACGGUUCCGUUCAAAGGUGCGGAUGGCGAACACCUCACUGCAGAUGGCAUUCUCAAAGUUGUGCUGGGGGCGGUGAACAGAAGGCUUGACAGGAAGAGGAGUCAGGAUUUGCACCGUUAA